UUUGACAUUUUGUCAUGUGCUUGUCACAAGUAUUAUUUUUUGGUUGUUUCUAAAUUUGUAUCGAAUAGUGUUAUUAUAGAUUUUUACGGAUAAAUUCCAUUUUGUAGAUUAAAUUCCGUGUGAUGCAACUAGAACUUGAAAAUGUUUUCAACGUCUCUAUUUCGUCUACAUUUGACUUACUGUAAAACAAAUUUUUUGCGCCUUGCAUACUAUUCUUCACAACCGGAACGUAUUACCAAAAAAGAACUAUGGAAAAUAGUUAAUGUUGCAAUUAUAGGAGCACCGAAUUCGGGAAAAAGUACUCUAAUUAACAAUAUUACGGAACGUAAGAUAUGUGCUGCUUCUAACAAAGUGCACACAACAACAAAAUUAAUAAGAGCAAUGUGCUAUCAUGAUAAUACACAAAUAAUAUUUUUGGACACCCCAGGUAUUGUGACUGAGAGAGAACAGAAGAAAUAUAAAUUACCUAACUCUAUGAUUGAGGCUUGCCACAAAAGCCUGAGAUGUGCAGAUGUAAUUGGAGUAGUUCAUGAUAUAUCAAAUAGAUUUACUAAAGACAGCCUUCAUCCUGAUGUUUUAUCUAUGUUGAAUAUUGUAGAAGAUAUACCAAGUUUUCUUAUUCUAAAUAAGGUGGACAAAUUAAAAACAAAAAGGCAGCUUCUGGUAACCAUAAGGAAUCUGACAAAUGGUUUCAUUGCCGGCAAUCCAGUACCUGGUUCAGAAAAGCUUAGUAAAAACAAACCUGAUAAAGGUUAUAGCAACUUUUCUGAUGUUUUCAUGGUUUCGGCUUUGAAUGGCGAUGGUGUUGCUGAUAUUAAGCAAUAUCUCAUAAAUAACGCCAAGGAGGGAAGACUACACUACUCACCAGAGGAAUGGACAGAUCAAUCUCCCGAAUCACUUAUUGAGGAAGCAGUCCGGGCAAAGUUCUUAGAUUUUUUACAGCAAGAAUUGCCAUAUAGUUUAAAGAUACAAUUGGAGUACUAUGAAGUCGACGAGAAUGAUAAAAUCAUCUGUUCAGUGUCUGUUGAGUGCCCAACAGAGAGAAUUAUGAAGCUGAUCAGUGGUGCUGGAGGAGGCAGACUGCAGCAAAUAAGAUCCCAUGUUAGAAAUGAUUUAGUUGAAUUGUUUAAGAAAAUAGUGGUAUUAGAUAUCCAUUUAAAAGUUAAGAAUAAAUCGUUGUUAGAUGUCGAAUCUGUUUAGUUUAUUGUGAUAAGUUAAUGUAAAUAACACAUUUUGUAACACAAUAAAAUUGUUAUAAAAUAAAAA